AGGAUAGAAGAGAUGUAAACCAAAAGAAGCAAGACGAUUGCUUCCCCUCCGCCUCCGUCUCUCCUCGACCGAUUCUCGGCGGUCGCAAUCUCUCAUUUUCCGAUACAAAUAAUAUCAUUACAAUCUCAUCUUUACGCAACUGGCGCUUUUUCAACGAUCUUACUUGAGAGUUCCUAUCUCUCCCACCUGGAUCUUGUGCCAAUUGUUUGAAUGACCUCUGAAAUACAUUUCAAGAAUGAGUUCAAACAUGCUUGUUGGAGAGAAAAGAUGGGUUUCAUCAAGAAGAACUGGCAUGACUCUCUUGGGAAAGGUUGUUGUCCCUAAACCAAUAAAUUUACCCAGUCAAAGGUUGGAAAAUCAUGGAUUGGACCCAAAUGCUGAAAUUGUUCCCAAGGGUACCAUUAACUGGGGAAAUCGAUCUUCAUUAUCCACAGUCAAUGCUUGGAAUUCUUUAGCAUCAUCUCCAAAAAGUGAUGCUGGCAGUGGCUUUUCAAGUGAUGUCAGUGCUCGCCCAUCUUCGGGUGGAAGCGGUACUCGGCCAUCAACUGCAGCUAGUGAUAGAGUGCAUGAAUCUGUUCCAAGUGCUUGGGGUUCAAAUUCUAGACCAUCAUCAGCCUCUGGACCAUUGUCAUCAAACCAAUCAUCAUUGACAUCAUUACGUCCCCGCAGUGCAGAAACAAGGCCUGGUAGCUCACAGUUGUCAAGGUUUGCUGAGCCUUUAGCUGACAAUUCAGUUACUUUGAUUCCAUCUGAUAUAUCAGAGAAAUCGUUAAUCUCACAGGGUGGAUUGUCUUCUACAAGUGAUGGGUUCAAUCUGAGCUGUGGGGACUUCCCAACUCUUGGUUCACAAAAAGGGAACUCUGGAAAAAAUACAGAUUACAGAGAUAAUGGAUCAGAUUCUCGUCCUAGAUCCUCAUCUAGUAUGGCAGCUUCAGUGAAGGAGAAAAAGGCAGAUGCCUCCAUUGGUGAUGCUUCUAUAAAUUCAAAUGUGAAGACCGAAAAUGUUGAUACUUGGAGAAGAGAUGGCUCUGAACACUUCGAAGAUGGAGCCAAGCAUAAUGUAGUGAAUUGGCAAGGGGGAGAUACACAUGCCUACCCUAAUCCCAACAUGCCACCUCAGCUUGUAGAUGCAUGGCAUGGACAUCCAGGUGUUUGGUAUAGAGGACCUCCUCUUGGACCUGGUGGUUUUCCACUUGACCCUUUUCCUUAUUAUGGUCCUCAAAUUCAAACUGCUGGAUUAGCAAACUCACGGCCAAUGGCACCCCCCAAUAAUCGACCAAGGGGGCACCAUCCUGGGAAUCCUGAUCAUUGGCCCCACAUUCCUGACACUUAUAUGCACCCUUCUAUGCCAAUAAGGCCUGGUUUUUAUUCUUCGCCGAUGCCUUAUGAAAGUUACUAUAGACCACCAAUGGUCUUUAGUUCCUCCAAAGAACAUGAUAUUCCGUUUAAUGGUACACCACCUGGCCCCCCUGUUUAUAACAGGUAUUCUGUGGAAAAUUCUUCCAAUCCUGGUAAAGAGCACGCUAGAGAUGUUUGUGCCGGAAAAUCAUUCAGCUCAGAACACGUGGAAUCUGGUUAUCAGAACAAUAAUCAAGGGCAAUGCAAAAUCCUUUUGAAGCAACAUCACGAGGUUGCUAGGAAGGAGGAUAGCAGCGAUUGGAAGCAAACCGUCCCAAUGAUGAGCACUUCAAAAGUUGACAAAAGAGGCCUAGUACAGACAUUAGUUAAGGAUGAAAGAGGAAAUGGCAGAACAAAUGAGUCUGGAAGACAUCAUAAACAGGAUACCAGAUCAUGGUCUGUUGGAAAUCAGAAACACGAUUCAAACACGUCCAAAUCAAAUGUUUAUUUUAACUCAAGUAACAUGAAUGCAGUUGAUUUUGACUCGGCAACUAACUCUCAUAAUUCAGCAUCAAGUGUUUCAUCCACUCCAAAACCUAUUUUAGUAGAGAAGAUUGAAGGCCUAAAUGCAAAAGCCCGGGUCUCUGAAGGGCUACUGAAUGUAGGGGUUAAUGUAAGAGGCAACAACUAUCAUGCAAAUGAUAAAAACCGUGAAGGCAGAGAUCAUCAUUCUAUCCAUUCAGAGGAAACAGAUGUUCCUAUGCGACACAUGAACCCCAACCCAACAGCUUUUAAUAAUGGAGGAGCUGAUCUUCCAAGGGUACCUGGUCAUGGCAUGCAAGGCAAACUUGAUCAUCAUCAUCAUGGUAAAAGGUUCAAUGCUCAAGGUGGCGAUGGAUGGCAAAAGAAGCCUCACACUGUUGAGGUUGCAACCGUUAUUUCAGGGGGAAAUAUCCAUCUCCAGACUCCUGAAGAUGCUGUUGAGAAACAAUCUAGAACCAACUAUAAAGGCAGCAAGGUUGAAGAAGAACAUUCAUUUUCGGAGUUUGAUAUCAGCAAUGACGAGGUUCAACGUGCUAAGAUGAGAGAGACGGCUAAGGAGCGUGCAAAGCAGUUGCAGAGGGAAGAAGAAGAGAGAACAAAAGAUCUGAAAGCAAAGGCUCUGGCAAAGCUGGAAGAGUUGAAUAAACGCGCUCAGCCUGCUUUUGGCUUAGUUCAGAAGGUGGAAACACCUGGAUCCGCCAGUGUUGUUGAACAAGAGAGAACAAAAGAGGAGCUGAAAGCAAAGGCUUUGGGAAAAAAGCUGGAAGAAGUGAAUAAAAGCGUUCAGCCUGCUUAUGGUUUGGUUCAGAAGGUGAAAACACCUGGAUCCGCUAGUGUCGCUGAACAAGAGAAAAGGGAGACUAAUUUGUCUACCACCUCAACCCUAGAUUCUUCCAAUGCCAGAGUAGUAGUAGUUGCAGAAGGCAAUCCUAUGAAUGAGCCAUGUCAUACUGAUUCGACGGAGUGCAAAGCUGUUCCUCCACCCAGUGAAGGUAACAUAAUGCUGUCUAGACAUAAAGCCAUGGGCCAUAACUAUAAGCAGAAGGAGAAUGGUGGUACCAGAGGUAAGAUGAUGAUAUUGACUGAGAAAUCAAGUGCUGCUACAACAGUUCCAGGAAAUCCAAAUGAAGGAGGUGUUGUUGAUAAAGAAACAACCCUAAGCUUGAAAAAUGUAGCUGAUUCUCCUGCUGCUGCAGAUAACAACAGGAAGAAAAAUAAUAGGAGCAACAAGAUGAAGCCAAAGUUGGAUGAUGAUGCAACAACUGUCAAGAAUUCUUCUCAGCAGGCAUCCGCUGAGUUCCCAGAAACUGUGUCAAAAGAUCAUUCUGUUAGAAGUGAUCUAGUGCAGAAAGAUACUGUUACGACUAUUGAAGAAGAGGCAGAUAGCAGAAUAAUAAAUCACAACAUGAAAACAGGACGAGCACGGUCUUUUCCUAAAAAUCAGCAAACUAAUAGGAAAUUCGAGAAAUUUCGAGGGGGUAGUGAUUGUGUAAUUUGGGCACCUGUGCGGGCCCAAAACAAUACAGAGGAAAAUGGAAAGAAGACGUGUGAUGAAAUUCCUACUGUUGGAAAAGGAGAAACUGAGGAGGGAGGGGAAAAUAACGAAAAGAAGAAGAAUAAGAAGAGGGCUGAGGUGAAAAGGUAUGUACCAAAACCAGUAGUAGUAGCUAUGGGGGGCGACACACAACUGACACCACCAGAUGAGGUAGUGGUAGCAGUAGAAGAGAAAGAGGAAUCUGGCUCUCAGAAAAUGGUGUGUCCUGACCACCAGCAUCCUCUGUACAAGCAAAAGAAAACGCAUGGUUGGCGCCAAAGGGAAUCAUCGACUAAUGGACAAUCUUCAAAGGGGGUAGAAACCAAGAGUUGUGAUGUUGGGAAUGCUGAAGUAGACUACUCAGGGAGCUUCCCUGAUGAAGAAUCAAAGGGAUUCCAUGUAGAUGAGAGAGGUAUGAGGCGAUAUACUAAAGAAAAGAGUCCCAUGCAUUUUAAUAAUGGGGGGAAUAAUCCUGAUAAGAAAAUGGCAACGACAGGCCAAAAGGAAAAGGGGGAUAAUAAUGCUUUGAAAGAAAACCGUGGGUCUGGGGAUCGAAAUGCUGCAUCUUCUCAUUGGCAACCAAAAUCCCAGCAGUCAAAUUCUUCUUCUUCCUCCAGAGUUGAGCAAGAAGUAGUUGUAGCAGUAAAGAAAGAAAGCAAAAUUACUCUUGCUCCUGUUCCUGCUGUUGUUGAGUACUCAUCAUCAUUAUCCCAUGAUAAUAAUAAUAAUGUAGAGGAGGAUACGAGAUUAUUGUCCAAAAAUGGAAACCAAAAUAGCCGAUAUGGUAAGAGCAGCAGCUAUCAAUACCACAACAACAAUAAUAAUCGUGAAAGGCAGAGACAGAAGGACAACUACUCACGAAUGGAAUACAAGCCAGUUGGUGGGCAGAAGCACAACAACAGCCACUUUGAAGAAGAAACUGGGGAAAGCAGUAGCUCGCGUAACAACACCACCAGAUAUUACAGGGAGAAGAAUCAGAGUCACUCCGCAGUGCAUUAUUGAUUAGUUAGUAGUGAUUGACGGACCUGCCUGCCUGCCGGGAUUAUGUAUCAAUUGUGUGUGUGUGCCAAGACAAGAAGAGUAAAUACAUAUAGCAGUGCAGUGGUCAGUUUGAAGGAGGCUUUCUUUCUUUAUUUCAUGUUAGAGUAAAGGAAAGAUAGUUGUGCUAGUUGUUGUUAGUGUUAGAAUUACUUACAUGGGGAGGGGGAUUAUUGAACUAUCAGGCUGCUUGUGCCUGUUCCUUGCACUACUUACUUAUACUACCCCAUUUAAUUGACUAUUCUUCUUCUUCUUCUUCUUUACUAUAUUACAACCAUUUGCAUUUUACCCCAUUGAAAUGCAUCUUGUUUUUUUAAAAUAGGUUAA